CUGCGGACAUGACAUACAGUAUAAACAACGAUAUAAAUUAAGAGACCGGUGUCUCUUUUUUGCCAAUCUGGUUUGCUGCCGAGUCAGGGUUAUUAUAUCCGAGAAUUGAGAACAAUCUCGAUGAGUUGUGAUCGUGUGAAAACAUGGCGACGUCCAUAGCGCUACUCUGCGGGCGGAUGUGUAUCCAAGAUCUACCUAAAAGGAUGUCUUGUUCACGUGUACAGAUGUUAAACAGCAGUAUGCACACCACACAUAUCACCAGACGCACAUGCAGACUUGUUUCUACAAGUAGCCUUAAUCAACAGGUGUUUCCAACACACUACCAUCAUCAGCAUUUGCCAAGGCCCAGGGUAUUUCUUCGGACCUGUACAAAGACACAUGGAGCGGAGCCUAAUAUGCUAAUUACUUGCCACACUGUGUGGAUUAAAUCAGUAUUUUCACAAAGUACAUCAGAAACUUCCAAACAACAUUUUUCUUGCAUGGAUUUGAAACAAAUCAAACAACUAUCACAUCAUUUUCUUAAGAACCUUAUUCUUUUUCCUUUGGCACAUCAAAAUGCAAGUACACAAUGUAGACUGAUGUAUCACCAUUUCUCAACAAGAGCAUCGUAUUCUACAUUGAAAGGUGAUCAUGUUAGAAGUAAUUACCAGUCUCCACUCAGUGCCCUUUACCGAAUGCAGGCCUAUGGAUCUAGUGCUGGGAACAAGACUGGUGAUCCCCUCUCCCCCAAGAGCCCAGAGUUCAGAUGCUACAUGGAUCAUCUGACAAAGGAGCACCAGGCCAUCUCAGAGUCACUUCAGAGAGGGGAUCCCAUGUCAGAUUCUAAGCAGAAGGAGCUAAGAGGAUCCUUGAUGGAGCUGGGAGCUGUGCUUGAUAAAUGGGAGGAGCUAACGUCAGCUGAAGAAGAGAUUACAGAGCUUCAACGUCUUAUUGAAGAACCAUCAGAUACCAGUCAAGAUAAGGAGAUGCAGGAGUUAGCAGCAGCUGAGAAGGACGACCUCGACGCCAUGAUUGCUGAUAUAUCAGAAGAGUUGGUUGACCUACUGUUGCCCUCGGAGGAAACGGACGAUAACGAUGUCAUCAUGGAGUUCACGGCAGGGGUCGGAGGUCAAGAGGCCAUGUUGUUUGCGGCAGACAUGUUUGAGAUGUACCAGCGUUACGCAGCUUACAGGGGAUGGACGUUCAGCGUCUUAGAGUACUUCACAACAGAUAUGGGUGGUUUAAGACAUGCUAGUGUUAGUAUGAGCGGUGACCAGGCAUACCUGCUUCUAAGGCAGGAGGCAGGGGUGCACCGAGUACAGAGGGUACCAAGGACAGAGAGCAAGGGGCGUAUACACACCAGCACCAUGGCUAUAGCGGUGCUACCACAACCUAAAGAGAUUGAUCUGAAACUGGACCCUAAAGAUUUGAGGGUGGAGACCAAGAAAGCUAGUGGAGCGGGAGGACAGCAUGUGAACACAACUGACAGUGCUGUCAGAAUUACUCAUCUACCAACAGGCAUCUCGGCUGAGAGUCAACAAGAACGUUCCCAGCACAAGAAUCGUUCCAUUGCCAUGACGAUGCUCCAGACUCGUAUCUACAACCGCAUCCUAGCAGACCAGACCAGCUCCGAGCGAUCAAUGCGCAGUUCCCAGGUCGGCACAGGAGGGCGUUCUGAGAAGAUCCGAACCUAUAACUACCAGCAGGACAGGAUCACUGACCAUCGUAGAGGGCGCACCGUCCAUGGUGUGCCAGAGUAUCUUCUGGGCUCGGAACUCUUAGAUGAGAUGGUGACUAGCUGUGUGGAAGGCGAUCAGUGCCAACAAGUCAGAGAAAGGAUUCUAGAGGUUUAUGAUAAGAACAGAGAUAGUGGAAGAUAAUAAAGGAUCUUAUAAUGAAUACCGAUGCUUAUAUCAUCCGCAGCAUUCAUGGUCUGUUCUUGCUUUCUGACCUCUCAGAUAAGAUGGUUGUAUAGAAGGCGAUCAGUGCCAAGAAUUCAGAGAAAGCAUUCGAGAGGUUUAUGAUAAGAACAGAGAUACAUGUAGUUGAACAUGAGAAAGGAUGUGAUAAUGACCACUUAUAUCAGGCGCAUCGUUCAUGGUCUGUCACAGUAUGUCUUGCUUUCUGACCUCUUAGACGAGAUGGUGACGUGCUGUAUGGAAGGCGAUCAGUGCCAACAAGUCAGAGAAAGGAUUCUAGAGGUUUAUGAUAAGGACAGAGAUAAAUGUAGUUGAAGAUGAGAAAGGAUUUGAUAAUGACCACGUAUGCCUAUACCCGGCGCACCUUUCUUGGCCUGUACUUGCUUUUUGACCUCCCAGAUGAGAUGAUUGUAUAGAAGGCGAUCAGUGCCAAGAAUUCAGAGAAUGCAUUCUAAAGGUUGCUGAUAAGAACAUGGAUAAAUGUAGUCGAAGAUGAGAAAGGAUAUGAUAAUGACCACUUAUAUAUGGCGUAGCGUUCAUGGUCUGUCACAGUAUGUCUUGCUUUCUGAUAUCUCAAAUGAGAUGGGUGUAUGGAAGGCAAUCAGUGCCACGAAGUCCAAGAGAGGAUUCCAGAGGUUUAUUAUAUGAACAGAGAUACAUUGCGAUCAGUAUAGAGGCCACUUGACAUUGGAAUUGGCGUGACAUAGAACGUGUGACAAAGGACCACUCGUGAUAAUUUACUGGUUUGGAACUUUAGCUCAAUUGUUGGCAAAUCGUAUGCGACCUGAUCAACCCCAUUCAAAACGUUACCACUUCUCUCCUCUAUAAUAUUUGUCCGGAACUUUAUCCUGCUUAUCUCAAAUUAGAGCCUUGUACUCUCUUGUAUAAAGACCACUGUUAUAUCUAAUUUUUGCAGUGAUUUUCCUACUCAUUAUUAAAAUAGUAGGAUAAAAGGAACUGGACAUAGUUGCCAGUUCCUUUUAUCCUACUAUUUUUACCUUGUACAGCAAGAUAUAUAAAUUAGGCCCUGAGUCUACGGAAUGUACACCACAAGGUACAGGGUUCGAAUCCUGCCAUGGCACUAAUGUCCUUUGGCAAGACAUUAAUCUGCAUUUGCCACACUCAACCCAGGUGUAGUAAGUGGGUACUUGGUAGGAUGCAUUCCUUGAAUGCACUGAGCACUGCGGUUACCAGAGCUCAAGUCGGGGUAGGAAAAUCUUAAAGUCCUUUAGAAACGCAUAGUGGCGUUAUAUCAUAAUGUGAUAUGCAUUAUACUACAACAGAACAUUAUUAGUGUUUUUCUUUGGUCUUAUGUAGUGUAUAGUGUAGUACUUUCUAGUUCACAUGAGCUCUGUUUAAUUACCACAAAAGUGUUGAACAACUAUGAAUUGGCCAUUUUUGUAAUGAAGUUUCAUUUAAUGCAUAGGCCUUUGUUAAAGGACCCGUUUACUACCGUAUUCAAAUUGUGUGCAUACAAAGGUUGCUCUUGACAACCUGCAAACAUGCCUGAGGCUUGUCCAACAUAGCAACAUGUGAUGUAAGCAGACUGGAUUAUAAGUACUGUAGUUCGUUCAUUAAUAACAGGUUAAUGGAAUAAAUCGUUGGUAAGUCGCCAGGAAAGAAACAUCCAUACAUCUGAAUAUGUUAGUAAACCAAUCCAUUGUCUCGUAUUGUUGAGAAAUAUUUAGAGAAGUAAGAAUGAGGAAAGGUAACAUGACGGAUAACGACAUAUCCAAGAUAGCGGUAGGUGAUGGGAAGGAAAGUAAAAUAACGAGUGAAUACAUAAGCAGAGAUGCCAACCAGUACGAUUAAAUCGUAUUUAGUAAGAUAUUAAGUGUGAAAUACGAUCAUACGAUAUCACCUCUUAAAAUACAAUUUUUCAUUUAUUUUUUUUAACCCAUAACAAAAAAAAUUGCAUAGAAACAUGUACAAGUAAACCACCGCAACCUCAACCAAAAUUUUGCUUUACAAUUUUCUCAUUAUUUUUUAAUAAAAGAGCAAACAUUUUAUUUGAACGUACUUACCAGCAACACAUUUUUCUGCAAUUUUACUAGCACGGGGCCGACAGGCCGGUGGUAGUGUUGAGUUUUCGUGAAAAUCUUUUUUUUUUUUGUAGGAUACUAAGUCUGUUUUUUUUGUGUCAAGAGGUUGGCAUCUCUGCAUAAGGGUGAAUGGGUGAAAGGAAUGACUGAAAAGAAUGAAUGAAAAAUGAAAGAAGGAGGAGAAGAUGAAGAAGGAGGAGAAGAAGGUAUUUGUUUCAGUAGCUUAUAACAGUUAUCCCCCCUUCCUUAUGCUCUGUGUGUAGUAGCAAUGUAUCAAAGCAACAAAUCAACACUUCAAAAGCAUUUAUCUUUCAAUACGUCAAGCCUGAAUAAACAUUGUAAAGAUAAACCGAAUCGGGCCUUUCUUUUUAAUAAAGAGCGUUGUUUAUAGAAAUAUCAAGAUUACCGUCGUUCAAACAAGCAGGCCCUAUUUGCAUUUAAAAAUAAAAGAAGGAAAAA